AGAGAGAGAGAGAGAUUUGGGCCUCCCAACGCCAGUGCGGAGCUCUUCAGCUCUAUUUCACAGUGAAAGGAGUGGGUGUCACUUGACCACCUCACACAAAGUUCUCACACUCUCCCUUGCUUGUUUCUCUCACCCCGAUCUCGCUUCGCCUUCCACCGAUGUCUGGCAGAAGGUCCAGGAUCUCAGAGGAGGAGAUCAAGGAGCUAAUCUCGAAGCUCCGAUUUCUUCUUCCCGAAACCCGCCGUCAAGGCGGAAGCAGAGCUUCAGCUGCAAAACUACUACAGGAGACAUGCAACUACAUCGAGAGCCUGCACCGGGACGUCGACAAUCUUAGCGACCGCCUGACGGAGCUGAUGGCGACCAUGGACAUCAGCAGCGCGCAGGCUGAGAUCGUGCGGAGUCUCCUCCGCUCCUGAGCCGAGUUAGGCACUUUGCUUCAUCGACUUAUAGCUACGGAAGGACAAGGUUUAUCUCUCUCUCUCUCUCUAUAUAUAUAUAUAGGAGGAGCUCUUAGGACGACUAGUUAUGGUACUGCCUGUUUUCUUCCUUGCUCAUCUACAUUUGUCUUUGAGGUCAUCAUUCCAGUGUUUACUAACAAUAAUGUCCAUUCCAUAUAUAUGAUGCAAGAAUAAUAUAUGAUGUGAGAAACAAGGUUUUAGUUAAAGAUCCAUUUCCAUUAUAACCUGUUG